CUGGAACAUCGAAUCCUCUGCUUGUCAGGCUGAACCACUUUGCAUUUGCACCUCCAGUAAACAGCUUCCCAAGAUGUCUCUUUGCACCAUCUGUGAAAAUCUCCUCUUUUUCAUCUUCUCGGGAAAGUACUCCACAAAUGUAGAGAAGCACGAGACCGAACGGUGGUACCGCUUCCCGUCCCUCAUCGGCUGCCAGCUGUGCGGUAUGAUGGAAGCUGAGAUAAGCAAGGAUUUGAUCGAAAGUGGUCUUGCUAGAAUCAGCUUUGAGGGCACCUGUAAUGUCAUCCAGGGGUUUAUAAAAGAUAUUUUGGUGUUUACCUUUCCGGUAUUCAUGAGCAGGACAGAGAGGGUGCGGGAGACAGGCUUUCUCUAUAGAAACCUGGCUCCUCACCCUUUUGAUUGGUCGACGGCCAAGGCUCUGACAGAGGAGACGGUCUCAAAGUCAUCUAUAGAGUCUGGUGAGAUUGGUGGUCCACCGGACGAAAAUGAGGAUGGUGCGAAAUUCCUCUAUCCUCUAAGAUCGCAGUGCUAAUUCUGGAUAGCACUCACCAUGGCAAUAUACCAGGAGAAGAAAGGGGAGAAGAGAGUGCGACUAGCACGCUCUUGGAUUCAGCGAUGCCACGAUGAACACUACCUUUGUAGACCCCAUCGAUGGCUACAGUUUUCCCCAACGCGACUGAUAGACAUAGAGGCGAGUAGACUCAUCGAAACUCGGCAACUUAGCAGCUCCACCGUGAAGUACGCUGCCUUCACUCACUGCUGGGGUCCUGAUAUGCCAGAAGCGGGAAUGACCAAACUGGAGAAUAUCGAUCUACACAAACACAGCAUCGAUUUCUCCACUCUCCCGAGAUCAUAUAUAGAUGCAGUUCUAGUCGCAAAAGGUCUCUCCAUUCGGUAUAUCUGGAUCGACUCUCUUUGUAUAGUUCAGAAUUCGCUAGAGGAUUGGGAGUUCGAGUCUGCGCAAAUGGGUCUGGUUUACAGCCACGCAUGGUGUACCAUCGCAUCUUCUAGCGCCAGAGGCUGCCAUGAAGGUAUGCGUUUGGUCCGCAAAGAGAUAGAAGCAGCUUGUGACUUCGUCGCACGAGACUCUGAAGAUUGUCGUAUGAAGAUUCGCUUGUUCAAAACACCAAUAACAUGGGAAACAUUCUACCAGAGGAAUCCUCUCAACAAGCGAGGCUGGACAUUUCAAGAGCGAGAGCUCUCGCCUCGUAUUCUACACUUCUCAGAUGAUCAGAUGUGGUGGGAAUGUAGAACGGUGAGAAAACAAGAGGAUAGGCCGCCGGAGCCCAUCCCCCCUUCUCGACGACGCCUACGCCGCAUUGAGAAAGCUGUGGCGAGAGACAAUGUCCGCAGCGCCGUGGUAUAUACCAACGGCUCCGCUGUCAUCGUGAACCAAGAUGUCCAGCUCCGCUGUCUGGACAACAUGCUACAAGUUCCUGUUCCUACUGCCAAUAUUUCCAUCCUACAUAAACUCGUGCUCACUGAGGCGCGGCACAACACCUGGCACCGUGUCAUCGAAGACUACUCCAAGAGAACAUUCAGCAGAAUUACGGAUCGCUUUCCUGCACUAUCGGGUCUAGUAAGUGAGAUACAAGCUGCCCAUGGGGGUGAGUACGUCGCUGGUGCGUGGAGAGAUGAUCUACUUCGCAGUCUGCUCUGGCGACGAGAUCCAAAGUCAGUGAUUCCGCAAAAGACAAUCCGCAGACCACCAGAAUACCGAGCCCCUUCUUGGUCCUGGGCAGCAAUAGAUGAGGCAGUUACCUAUGACCUCGUCACCCUACAUCGCUCGCAAAUCGACCAAACUGCGCCAAUAACAGCCCAAAUAUGCCACAUCAGCCUCGUCCCUAAAGGCUCUGAUCCCAAGGGGCAGCUAAAAGAUGGAUUCAUAUACAUGCGUGGAAAGCUCAAAAUGUACUCUUUCUCCAACAUGUCGAGAAAUAUCCAGUUUCACAUGGAUUUCGAUUCUGAUCAUGACCAUACGUCUCCACCUGGAGAGGUCGACGACAGGAUCUCAAUGUCGAUUGCGCCAUUGUUUCUGCUGAGCAUGUUUGCGAGGACUGCGAUGACAAAGACGCAGGAGCCACUGUUCUCACUGAAUCUUACGGGGUGGGCGCUUGUACUUGUCAUGGUCGUUGAGACGCCGGAGCCGGUAUUUAUGAGAGUUGGGGUGGCGUGUGAUGUCGCUUGUGAGUGGUUUGAAGACGUGGCGGAUGUGACGAUAAAGAUUAUAUGAUAGUGGCUUUGAAGACAGUGUCAAAGCUGCAGUUUUCUCGGCGGUGCGUUAAGUAUUUUUUAAGUGAUUCUCAACUUUCAUGCUACGGGAACGGAGCGCUCGGCAGGGAAAGUAACUAGUAAACAUCGGCUAGAUUGUAAGCGAAGCAAGCCAAAGCUCAAGCGUUUUUCCUACGAGGGCACGAAAUGCAUUUCCAGGAUAAAUGUUUUCAAACGGCAUGAACAAUUUUACUCAAAAUCACCUGCCGUGUUAUUAUGAAGCAUUCUAACCUCGCAAACAAAGGCCCGGGCUUUAUUGACGAAUAGAUUUGAAAACUCGGAGCUUUUGGCCCCGUCUUUGUUUGUCGUUGGAGCUGAUCGUUGCUGAUACUCGCCUGUCUUUGUUACUUCCCAUAAGUGCAUUGUCUGAAGUAUUGUUGAGUGUUUAUUGAUUGUUCUACUGUUGAAUUGAGCUGUACUUAAGCUAGUCAUGAUAUAUCACUGUUCUUGGUGGGUACAUAAAUCGUCCAUUGUAUUUUCAAGUUAUGAGUGCUCAAGUACAAUCCCC